AUGACCAUCUGGGACUCCAUAACCGGACGCAAGUCCAAGGAGACCGCACCCGCGCCCGCCUCGCCCCAAAAUGCCGACUUCGUAAAAGAAGACAGCUUCCAACCCACCCCCUUCGACCCCAACACGGCCAUCCAAAACCCCUCAGAAUUCCUGCUCGACCCCUCACAACUGCAUCCCCUCGCCGGCCUCAACCAAGACACACUCGACUACCUAAACCUCGAAGACAGCGUCCUCUCGGACCUGCCCGGCGCACAAUCCGCUCUUCCCUCACGCGGCUGGUCCGACGACUUAUGUUACGGCACGGGCGUGUCGUAUCUGACGGCGCUGACGAUAGGAGGAGCGUGGGGACUAGCCGAGGGCCUGCAAAAGAACCCACCCAGCAUGCCCCCGCGGUUGCGCAUCAACGGCGUGCUCAAUGCGAUAACACGGCGAGGUCCUUUUCUGGGAAACAGCGCGGGCGUGAUUGCUAUGGUGUACAAUGGUAUGAACAGCACGAUUGGUUACUACCGCGGCAAGCACGAUAUGAGCAACAGCGUGGUGGCGGGCGCAUUGAGCGGCGCGCUGUUCAAGAGCACAAGAGGGACGAGGCAGAUGGCUAUUAGCUCGGGUAUUUGUGCGACUGUAGCGGGAGGAUGGGCGAUAACACGAAAAGUCUUCUUCGAGCCCGACCUAAAACAACUCGCCACCCUGCCCCCUUACACAAAGUUCAAGACACCUAGCAAACCAGCCCGGUACACCCCUCACCCUCACACUCUCAACAACCACACUGGGAAAAAGCCCCACGAGCGGUUCAAGUGCGAACAUAAAAUGCGUUACAUAAGGCUUCAGUCGGGUAUCGAGGUUCACGAAACCAGCUAUGUCCAUCGCACCCAAAUACCCAAGACGUCCAUCAUCCACAUCUUCCAACCCAACUUCCUUGACAUCCACAAGAUCAAGCCCAUCAACCGCAACACUGAUCUCAAGUUACUUCAACAGAGACUUUUGAUCCUCGUCCUCGGCGUAAAGAGUAAGCUGCGUAACGAUCUGCUGUAA